AUGUUUAAUCAUGCAGCUCCAAGAGCUACAACAAAUUGGAAUAACACAAGUCAUUCUACAAAUGGAUAUAAUGAAUUGAUUUCAGCGAUUGAUAUGCAAUAUAAUGACCUUUCAACAUUUGAAGGAUCUUCUAGGGGUUCUAUAAUACUAAGAGAUGUAACUGUAAAUACUAGUAGAUCAUCUGAAAUAUUCAGUUCACCACCUCUUUCAUCAGCAUCCAUGAUUUCUAUGGAUAGUAGAAUGACAUCAACCGAGUCAUCAAAUAGAAAAUCGGAAUCAUAUUCACCAUUUUCAAGUCAAUCAUUUGAACAAUUACUUUCUGCAUUCUCUGCUAUUUCUAAACAUCAUUUAAAUUCAAUGAUAGAAGCACUUAUUGAUUGGAGAGUACACCUUGAUUGUACACCUACCAAAAUGGUAAAGGAACGUAUAAGAGACAAGCUGAUAAAUGUACCUAAAAAAACAGCACUCACCAAGCAAGAAAUCCUCUAUUCUAAUUUCACAGAAAGAAAAGAAUUGGCAGCUGACUAUAUUCUUUCUUUGACUGUGCUUUUGACAUUAGGUUCCUACAGACAACCAGAACUUUCUAUCAAAAAUUGUGAACAAGUUGAAUUUUUAUGUAUGGAUAGAUUUAAGAAAGCUCAUGUAAAUAUUACUACAGGAUUGGAAUCACUUCAGGAAAGUAAGAAGAAGGUUCUUGACCUCUUUGCUGAGAUUAUUGGUUUAAUGUCAGUGAAGUGGUUCCAAAAGAUUUCUGAUAAUUUUUUGGAACAAGCUAGUGCUAGAUUAGAAUAUAAGUAUGAAGCUGCUAGUUUUAUUAGAUCUUUAAAAUAUUUAAAAAUUAGAUUAUCUAAACCAGCAGAAGUUAACGAGAGUGUAGAUUUGAUGAAGAAAAUGACAGACUUUUUUGGGAAAGCCAAAAAGUCAGAAAUCAAGAGAGCAUUUGCAGAAUCUCUUGCCAACAUGCUUUCUCCACUUGCUGAAUUUGAGUACAAGAAUGGUAUUGAUUAUCGAGAUUGGCUUGCUGGUUUGAAAAACCUGCUUUCAAUAGCAAAGAAAAUGUGUAGAAAGGCAUCUUACUUGAACACAGCUUUUCCUUUUAGAGCAGCUGUUUUGUGUUUAAAUCCAAAAGCAGUAUUUAUUGCUCCCUUCAAAGAAUUUUUAACAGAUAUUUUCAGGUUAUGCAAGGAUAAGGGAACCAAAUUAAUGGGAUUGGAUUGCUUACUUCAUACCCUUGGUUACUAUUUGAAAAUUGCUAACGAGUCUGACCAAUCGACAGUAAUUGAGAUAUUAUCAAAAACAAUUGCUUUAUUAUUGAGUGGAAAGAAAGUGCCACCAUCAAUACCAGCCUUGGACAACAUUUAUGAUGCCACAGUUGAUGUAAUUGUAAUGGUAGCAAACAACAGAAUGGACUAUGCAAUGAAAAAUAUGGUCAUUAAGAAUUUAGAUUUGGACAGUAGUUCAAGUUGUCUUCCUGAAACAGUCUACUUGGCACUUCGAGCAUUUUUAGCUAUUGCUGAGGUGAAUGAUAUGAAGAAAAUUUCCUCCAUUCUUGGAACUGAUGAAAAAACAUCAGAGUUCCCUUGGGUUCACAAACUUUUGGAUAGAACUCAAAGUAGAUCAAGCAAUGAAACAGAAGCUGAUGAUUUGGAGAAGGAUUUUACUCAAUCAGUGAGAAUGUCUUCUCCUUUCUCCAGCUAUAGAACUUUGAGUGCUAGUUUUGCUUCAAAGGCAUCUUCUUUUUAUGGAACAAACUUUUUGGCAAAGACUGACAAGCUUUUAGAUGCUGUAGGUUUGUAUCAAUAUCAAGAGGAAAUUUCUUCCAAGUUGAGUGCAAUCCUAAAACAAUGUAUGCAGGUUUAUGGAAACUUUUUGCAAUCCAACCAUACUAAACCUUUGCACGAAAAUUUAUCCAAAGACAAGUAUGCUAGUUUAAGAGUUGCUGUUACUGCUAUCUCAUGUAUUCCUCGUAUUUUGCCAAGUGAGUUUACCAAGAAGGAACUUUGUGAUAUGUUGUGUAGAUUUGUUGUCCAUCAAUAUGGUGACAUUAGAGAUGUAUCUUGGGAGACCAUGUUACAACUUUUAGAUUAUCAUACUGAUUUAAGACCAGUCCUUGUACACUCCUUUGCAGAAAUGAUUAUGGCUAUUGAUGAUUUUAGAUCUGAUUUACUCAAGUCAGUUUUGAAAAAGUUUUUAUUCUUGUUGGAGAAGUGGAUUUCCAACCUUAAUAAUCCAGAAACAGACACUCCAUCUGGAAUGAAACUUCCAACAGUUUUUGGAAAACUCAAGUCAGAAGGUCUAGAUCAACCUAUUUCCAGUUACUUUGAUCCAUCACCAAUAGAAGCUGUUGGUGUUGUUUUACUCUGUAACUUGAAUCCAUAUAUUAGAGUAUCCAGCUUGAAAAUAUUUACUCUUGUGAGAACAAUUACCUUGAAAAUACUUGAGAGCGAAAAAAAGAGAUACACAGACACAUCAACAGUUGCUGAUCUUAUUGAAGAAUCUGGUCUAAGACACAUUCAAAAUAUUUGGAAAGGCGAGGAAACAAGCCCUCCUGAAAGCUUUGAGAAAUUCAUAGCAGACCCUAAUCUUUCCUUCUCUGAUUUCCUUACUGACAUGUUACGUUUAAUAGGAAAAGAUUUAUCUAUUUAUUGCCAACCAACUUCCCACAUUGCUCUCAAUCAAAUCACAAAGAGAAUAUUGAGAUUGAACAACUUGCUUGAUAGUGUCUAUACAAGAAUGACAGUCACAAGUGAAAUUCAGAGAAUUGUUGAAUUGUGGAGUCACUUUGUAAACUUGGCUUGCUCUAUGGCCAGAAAGAAUCUAUUCAGACAAAAGGAAGAAGACGAGCCUCUCACUAAGGCAACUAUCAUACGAACAACACCAAGAAUUUCUUCAGCAAAAGAUUUAUAUGCGAUGAUUUAUCCACAUCUCAAGUCAAAUUAUGAAAAACAAUCAACAGCUGCAGUGAAUGCUCUGGGUGCCGUUCCUGAUGAUUUACUCGAAAUUCUUCUGGAUAGUAUCAAGGUUUUGGAGAAUGAGGCCUACAUUAUGGACAAGCAAAAGAAGAAUAAGAAAAAGAAAGACUCCCUCAGAGUUCAAAUAUCAAGAGUCUACUCACGUUUAUCAAGCAAUAUUAAAGACACUACACUCAAAGAAAAUGAAUUUAUCAAGGAAAAGUUCCUCCAAUUUAUUGAAGAACAAAUUCAGUACAGCAAACAGCCAGGAAAUAUGUACAAUAUUGAUUUACAGUCAUUGAGGCAUCAUCUCUUUAUUGUUAUAGAUAACAUUUCUAGAAAAUUGUACUAUUAUGCGCCAAAACCUGGCUAUAGAACCUUUGAUAAGAACUUGAGAAAGGAGUUAAUGUUAUUUGCCAUUCAAUGGACAGGUUAUGGCAGAUCUAGUAUCAAGAGAGAAGAAGAAGAAUUGGCAAGUCUUUCUCAAACAAUAGAAAAGCUCAAAGAUCCAGAGGAAAAGAGAAACAUGGGAAGCAUCUUCAAGAAGAAGACUACAAGAAUGAAGUAUAGAUCAUGUGGUGCUGUUGCUGGUUUGUUAUUGGGAGAAUUCUUUGAGAGUAAUAUGGAACUUUUAAGACAGUGGAGCGCCUCAACUAGAAUGGAAAACAAGAGAAAUCCAAAGAUUAAUGAUGAAAAUGCUGAGGAUGAAGAUACUGCAGAUGACGAUACUAGCACUGUUGUUAUAAGGGAAGGAAGAAGUUCUCUCAGAUCCUCCUUGUCUAUUUUAGAUUCUGUUUUGAGAACUAAUAACCCACCACCAACAACAACACUACCUCCAGAAAAUACUGAAAUUGAAUCACUUGGUAUUACCAUCUUGAAGUGGAUUGAUGAAAUUCUCUGCUCCAGAUCUCUUGUCUACAGAAGAAUUGGUAUUGAAGCUAUCGAGAAUGCACUGUUAUCAAAUCCCAACUUGUUAGAUAUUUGCAUUGAUCAAUGCUACAAUUGCAGUAAGAGACUUUCGAAAGGAUAUUUCGUUGCUAUUUGUAAUGUGUUUGAAAGAUGUGAAAUGCUCUGCUCAAUCCCUGUCAUUUUAACGUUGAUUGUUUUCAAGUCUGUGUCUGAAAGACUUUCUAACAGAAACAUUUCCUACAGAUUGCUUAACUUUGUUAGUCAAAGAUUCUUUGCUGCUGACUCUGAAAGUGGAAACUAUCCAUACUACAUCUCUAACGGACUUGAGGAUCAAUACUUUAAUAAUCAAGUUUGUUUAGCAGCCAAGUUAGCUUUAGAUCAUCCACAAUACGCCUAUGGAGUACUCGAAGAGGUUUAUUCAAGAUUGGCUUUCUUAUUACCAACUGAUCAAAGAGCUCUUUUGAAAUCUCUUAUAGAAUGGAUUCCUUUCUUGAACCUUGACGAAUCUCAAAUUUUGAAUUCCUUCAGAGGAGCAACCACUCCAGACGAUUCUAAAUACUCCAAGAUGACUGAGAGUCGUAGAAUAUUGGACAUCUUAUUUGACAUUACCAAGACUUACGCUCAACAAUUCCCUGAAGAAUGUAAAGCAAUGUGGGUAAGACUGUCUGGUGACUCUUCAAAUAUUAGAAAGGUAAUGAUUUACCUCACCGAGAGAGGUACCUUAUUCUCCAUUGAUGCAACCAAUUGUAAGAUUCUGUUUGCCAUCUCACAAAAAAUUACCUAUUUUUGUGCCUGUGCUGGACCUCAACAAGUUGUGGAUUCUCUUGUUAUCGAGUAUAUUGAGAAAUCUAGAGAUGAUAUACCACUUUCCAAACAUUAUCGUGAAAUCUCACCAAAUAUUGAGAGUUUUGCUGUUUUAACACAGAGACAAAGUUCUAACCGAAACGCAAUUCCUCCACUCGUUAGAUCAGAUAUUGUGUUAAUUUUAUUGAGUGAGGUGGCCUAUGAUCAUGCAUAUGUAUUCAGACAACAUUUGCCUCUCCUUUUACAAUACAUGUUCAUUAGAAUGGACCAUAAGAUCAAGCUUGUUUCUUAUAAUUCCAAAUUAUUAUUGGUUCAUUUGAUUCACAGUCUAGUUGUAAAACAAUUACCACACAAUGGAGGAACCUUGGAACAAAAUGAACAUCUCUUGGAAGCCAAAAAUCUCAUCCACUUCCUUUUGGAUUGUAAAACUGAUGAAUAUUUGUGGACUAGAGACAAUAUAACAAUAGAUGAGACCAAUCUCAAUCAAAUUGCGAAUAAUACCACCAAUAUAUUCUUCUCUAAUUUCGAGGAUGAGGUUGAGGUCUUCUCUCCAGAAAAGGCAGUUGACGAUAAGCCAAGUAUUAACCCAGUUAGUGAUAAUGUUAAACAACUCACCUCUCUUGUUGAGAGAGUGGUAUUUAUUUUGAAGAAUGAACAUGAAAUCAAGAGUGAUUGGGGAUACCAGUCCCUUGUAUGGGCAACUAGAAGUAGUUCAAUUCACAAUGUGGUAAGAUCAUAUCAAAUCUAUAGAACACUCAGACCAGAGUUGAGAACCAAUGAUUUUGUCAAUAUUAUUCAAGACCUUAAGAAGUACUUGGAGGAAUUGCACUCAGGUGACUCGUUCGAUAUGAGAAACCUUACUGUAGAGUUGGCUAAGGUUGCUACACAACAAAGUUCUGUUGAGACUACAAAGAUUGCCAUUGUUGUUGAAAUUAUUGAAACUUUGAGAGUAAUUGUAAAGAAUAUGGAUAGAAAUAGAUUAGUACUUUUCCCACAAAUAUUUUGGUUGUCAACUGCUUUAUUGCACAGUGACGUGACUCAUAUCUAUGUUUAUGCUCUAAGAUUGUUUACUGAAGUAUUGAGAAGAGUAGAUAUUAGCAAUGAUGCCAUUAGAAACGUUAUAAUUGCCAGUAGACCAGAUGCUCUUUCUGCUUCAAGUGAUAUUCAAGAUUUAAUUUUGAAAGGAUUAUUGAGUCCAUUCUCUGAACCACUUACUAUUGAAUUGACUUCCAUUUUCUUCAAGAUUGAUUGUGAUUUAAUGGGAGAUGUUGGUCCUUAUUCUAGAUUUAUCAUGAAGAAUAUGAUUGGCUUACUUCCACGUCUGUGCUCUCACAUUGAUGAUAUGAACAGAUUCAAAUGUUGGUCCAUUGCAUCAGCUAUUGUUGAAGUUUGUGAAAAUGCUUCCCUCCAACGAAUUGCAAAGGUAUUUUCUAGAUACUCUAAAGGUUAUUAUACUACUUCUGAAAAAUUCCUAUUGGAUCUGAGAAGACCAUUUUGUGAAGCAUUCUUCCCAAAGUUUGAGAAGGAGGUAUUUGACUUUUUCAUUGAAAUGCUUCAGUUUGGUCCAAAAUUCUAUCAAAAGUCAAUCUUGUCAAUACUUCAUUCCUUCUUACUGCAUGCUAAUGUGUCCAAAUCCAAUAUUGGAAAGAAGGCAGGUUUUAUUGCAACUAUUAUUGAAAUGCUUAAAGGUCCAUUGUGGUAUGAAGCAACACGAGUUCUUGACGUUACUGUCAAAAACAGUGGAGAAAAGACAAAGGAAACCAUUCAAAUCAUGCACUACCAAAAGAGCGUAACAGAUAGUUUACAACACAAGACUGGAGUUGUCAAGCCAGGUCAUGUCUUUGGAUAUCAAGCAGGUAAUGGUAUUAAGCAAUGCAUUGAUGUUAUUCAAAGUAUUUACAAGUACAGUGUACAAUCAGUUCAUGAAGAGGAAAUUAACUUGCUUGAACUGGUAGAAGCUAUUCACACAACUCCUGAACCAUCUUCUCCUACAACAAUCAAGAUUUCCUAUCCAGAAAUACCAAUUCCUACAGGCCAAGAUGAUCAUCUCGAUUUUGACAUGUCAGACGAUGAAACAAUCACGGAAGACAGUAUGGAAGCAUCUACAGAAUAUGAUGAUCAAGCAACUGAUAGUGACCUACUCUCCACUGCAAGUAAAUACAAGAUGACUUUCGAUUUGGAAACCACAAGUGAAGAAGAGGAAGGCAAAAGAUUGGAUGAACUUUUAUUACAAACUCUUCAAUUGGUUACUGCAGAUACUAAACCUCCAGUAUCUCCGUAUGCUGUUGCUUCCAUUCCUUAUGAAAAGAACCCAUCUUCUCCACAACUCAAAAUUGGUUCCGCAAGAAGACGAACAACUUCCAUAUCAACUGGUUCUGGAUCUCUUUUUAGAAAGUUCCAAUAAAUUAUUUUUGCUUGAAUUU